AUGACCUCCAUCCCUCAAUCCUCCCUUUCCUUCCCAGGUCCUUCCGGGUUGCGGAGUAACUUGGGACUAGCAAGAUCAUCACAUAGACUUUUAAGGGCCCGUAGCAAAUCUGUUCCAAAAGAUAUGAACUCCGCCGAGAAGAAAUCGAGUCAUGGCCUUAAAUUGCUAUUGAAACGUAAAAGUAAACACAAGGGUUUGGAUAAAACCACGUCUACCUCUAACUUUACUGACAAAACAAAAGAAAGUUGCCUGAACGCCUGCGAAGAGAAAAUUAGCAGGAUAGCGUUGUCUACGCCUAACUUGAGCGAGGAAAACGCACAAGACGUGUGCCAGUUGCCGCCCUGUGGCUGUGCGUCAUCGAACGUCAUAGAUGUCAUGUCUAGAUGGGACAGUCUAGUUCUAGUGUUGUUGUUUGCAAUGAUUAUAGCGUAUAUUAUGUCGUCCCCUCUUUCAUUCCUAUUUCCGCGACAGAGCAGACAAGAAUAG